CAGCUUGCGAACCUAUAAUUGCUGGUCAGCGGUGGAUUCCAGCUGCUACCGAACCACGGCGUAUACUUACAAAGUCGCUCGAGUUAUUGCCGCCCGACGAAUUGGAGUCCAUCGUGAACGGAAAAAUUAAAAUAAAAGUCCAGGGCCAGAACAGCUUGCGCGACCUCGGUUGAGAUUGGAGCGCGGCAACGCAGGAAGCGUGGUCGAGCGAUCGCGAAGUGGAGGCAGUUGGCAAGAGUCGGGGUAGAAGUGGGUUCCUUCGCAGACCACGGCGGAGCAACGCGACAGGUGAGCAGGAGAUGGCAGGGGGUUGGAGGGGGGCCUCUGAAGCUGUUCACCAGCGUGCACGAGGCGAUGACGAAGGAGGAGGCGUCGCGUUUUGUGCGUCCGCUCUGGGCACUUGCGGUAGGGCGAAUCGAAAUCGAAUAGGCUCAGGCCCGAGCUUCAGAUGUAGGACGGGCAGGCACAGCGCAAGGCGAGUGCAUCGGCAAAGACGACGGGGAGGACGGAGUCCAAUGCGGAUGAGAUGGAAGGGAGGUCGAAGGAUCGAACAGAGAGCAGCGAGGAUGGUUCGGCUCGCAAGCGGAGCGGAAGCAGGAUCAGCAGGUUGCUUGCUAGCCAGCUGGAGGGAGAAGGGCAGAUCGGGGCGCUACUGGAAUCUUGCACCAGGUGGGGAGCGAGGAUAUACUUUGCAGCGACCAAAGCGACAGGACAGGACCGGACCGGACAGGACAGGACGGUACCGUACGUUGGAGCGGAACGAGGAGAAGAGGAUGCAAAGACGCUGAAGAAGAGCAGGGCCAAAGUGCAAAGCAACGACUCUGGCGCAGAUGUGCAGCUCUCACGAUUCGCCGUCGCCGCUGUGCGCUUUUGCUUGCGAGCGCGCGAACCUGGCGCUUUUCGCCUUUUGGCAUCUCCUGGAGCGAUCGCUUUUUCCAGCGCGCGGGCAGUCCAGCAACGGGCGUGCGGGCGUCGCAGUAGUGCCCAGCACCGUCGCAGUAGCCUCCAGCACCGCCCUCGCACCCUUUGCUGGUGGGACACAGCGCUGCCCGGCGAGACUUAGCUCAACGCCACCACACAGGAAUCACAGGAUGGCCCCGGUCGCAUGGCCUGUCGAAGCGCAACCCGCGCCGCCGGAAGCCCAGGAAGGCAUCCGUCUGUCGGUGUUGGAGGCGUCUGGAGAUGGCCGCUGUCCGGACGGAAGGCUUGUCGAGCUGU